AUGUUCGUCAAACUCUCAAUUGGCAUCAUCGGAGCCUGGACUCUCAUAUGGUCGGUGAAGACAUUGAAAGGCAUGUCCCUAGAGGAGGAUAUAGCCGCUCUACGCGCUGAUGAUUUGGAAACCUUCGUUGCCCUCCGUGGUAUGCACUUGGAGAGACAUACGGUAAUCACGAUCGAUCAUUGGCGGCUCGAAAUUCAUCGGAUCAGGAACAAGCACAUCUAUAACGAGACGCUAUCCUCGCCGGUGAUGCUUUCGCACGGCUUCGGGGCCUCGUCCGUGGACUUCAUGGUGAAUCUUCGGAAUGAAAGCUUGGCAUUCAUCUUGGCUGACUCUGGAUUCGACGUCUGGGCUGUGAAUUAUCGUGCGAACAGAUUCAGCAACAUGAAAUCCGUCGAUGGAAAGCUGCGGGUGCCGAAUUCCGAGGAUUUCUAUCGCGUCACGUGGCAGUACAUGGCCGAGAGGGAUGUUCCAGUAAUCCUCGAUAAAAUCCUGGGCCACACCAAGCAAAACCGGAUACACAUCAUAGGACAAUCGAUGGGCUCCACGGUGCUUUCCGCGUUUCUCUCGGAAAAUCAUGCUUAUGAUGGCAAAAUCGGACACUUGGUUGCGAUAUCGCCCGUCAUGAGAUUUGGAGAGGACACUUCGUCCUACAUCAAGACGCUUUUCCGGAUGACGCGCGCCCUACCGAAAGUAGCUAAAGGCCCGCUCUUUCCGCUGGUGUUCGGAGAGCCGCUGUAUCCAGUGACGAGCAGGAUAACUCCUCUGACAGACUACUGGCGGACCGCAACGUGUCGCUUGAUUCCAUCUCUUUGCCGGUACAUAUCUGAUUUCCUCUUCCAAACCGACUUCAAAUCGACAAUCGCGGGAGACCCGCACUUGAAGAAGGAACGUAUGUCUCUGUACUUGAUGAAGUUUCCUUCCGGAGCAACGAUGAUGAAUCUAUACCAUUUCGCUAUGCAAUUCGGUAGAAGCCCCUGGACCAAAAUGGACUACCGGAAGAUUCCGUCGACGGGAAUAAGCAAUCGGGGCGAAUACUCUAGGGACGCACCUCCAGCUUACGACUUUUCAGCCAUCAAUGUCUCGAUAUCCGCUCACUUCGUCAAAAAUGACGUAUUCUUCGGAUCGCGAACUGCGAAGUCGAUCGUAAAUAUGCUGGAUCUGCGUGAACGAGACGUUCAGUUCGUAGACGGGAAUGGCCUGAACCACAUCGACACCGUGUGGGGCUGGGAUGCCCGAUGCUUCCUUUACGACGAUAUUAUCGAGAGGCUCAACCGAGCUGAGCUUUCGAGAAGCCUGAGCCACAGGAUCUAUCGGACACAGCGGGUGGAGACCCACUUGCGAUCCUUGGAUUUUGAGAAAGCAUGCUCUUGA